CACAGACAGGCUACAGCCGUAACAGGAGGAACAGAAAGAUCUGCAGGCAUUAUUUGAGCUGUGAAUGGGUGAAGCACAAUGGCAAAUGUUAAACAGCUGCUCGACAAUACACUCAAUGGACUGUUGGAAGAUGAACUAAAGAAGUUUCGGUGGCGCUUAGUGAAUGACCAUAGAGAUAUUUCAAAAGCCAAAAUGGAGAAUGCAGACAGAUUGGAUACAGUGGAUAAGAUGGUGUCAUGUUUUGGACCAGAAAGAGCUGUGAAGAUCACAGUGGACAUCCUGAGGAAAAUAAACCAAAAUCAAUUGGCUGAAGAGCUGGAAGUAGCACAGAAGCAAGGUGCAGCUUCAGAGAACUGUAAAUCUCCUUCUCUUGAUUACACAAACAUCAGCCAUGAACUAAAAAAGAAAUUAAAGGAGGACUAUGAGCAGGUAUUGGUUGGUAAUUCACAGACAGGUUGUCAGAAGUACCUAGAUGAUAUUUACACUGAUCUAUAUGUGGUGGAGAACGAGACUGGAGGAAGAGAGAAUGACCAUGAGGUGAUACAGAUGGAGUCAAAACACAACCAACAGACAGCCAAAGAUAAACCACUCAAGUGUAAUGACAUGUUUAAAAUUCAGCCUGACACAGGUCGACAAAACAGAAGAGUCCUGACACUGGGGAUCGCAGGAGUGGGAAAAACUGUCUCUGUCAAUAAAUUCAUCCUUGACUGGGCUGAAGGAAAAGACAAUCAGGAAAUAGUCUUCAUAUUUCCACUGCCGUUCCGUAGACUGAAUCUGAUUAAAAAAGAAAAGUACAGUCUCAUAGGUCUGCUUAACAAGUACUUUAGCAGUGCUGGAAGACUGAGCUCUCUUCCUAAAAAACAAGGUAAGGUCAUGUUUAUCUUUGAUGGGCUGGAUGAAUACCGCUUUCAAUUGAACUUUAAGGAGGAUGAUGAAUUUACAGAUGUUGAUAAGGAAAUGACAGUGAGUGAGAUAAUAACAAAUCUCUUAAGGAGACAGCUUGUGCCCUCUUCCCUCAUCUGGAUCACAUCCAGACCAGCGGCAGCCAGUCUGAUAGACCGAAACUACAUUGAUCAGGUGACAGAGGUGCGAGGAUUCAAUGAUGAGCAGAAGGAGCAGUACUUCAUCAAAAACAGCAGUCCUGAGGUUGCUGGAAACAUCUUCUGUCACAUCAGGAAAUCCAGGAGUCUGUACAUCAUGUGCCACAUCCCCGUCUUCUGCUGGAUCUCUCUCAUUGUUCUACAGCCUCUGCUGGGUCAAGAGAGCAAUGACAAAACACCCACAACUCUCACAGAGAUGUACACCAGCUUCUUACUGUCUCAAAAGCAACAGAUGAAAGAAAAAUACAGCAGCAAUUCUGAACCUGAAGCCAAUGCUUGGUCUUUUGAUGACAUUGUUCUGAAGCUUGGGGAACUGGCCUUUAAACAGCUGGAGGAAGGAAAACUGAUUUUCUAUAAAACAGAUCUGGAGAAGUGUGGCCUAGAUGUCAAGGAAGGGUCUGUGUUCUCUGGAUUAUGUACUCGAAUGUUUCAGGAGGAAAACCCCAUUUCAGGGGAACAGGUUUACAGUUUUGUACAUCUCAGCGUUCAGGAGUUCAUUGCUGCUCUCUAUGUGUUUUUUACUUACAACGACAAGAAAACAAAUCCAUUACUUGAUUCCAGGAAAAAGGGACUGACAUGGAAACUCUCUAAAAAAACCUUGUUUAAACUUCAUGAGGCUGCAGUCAAGAAGACUUUACAAAGCAAGAAUGGACACCUGGACCUUUUCCUCCGGUUUCUGCUGGGUCUCUCUCUGGAGUCUAAUCAGAGCAACCUGAAGAAGCUCCUGCCACGACUGGAGCUCGAAACUGGGAACAUCAAAGACACGACUGACUAUAUUAAAAAGAAAAUAGAGAAGGCGAAAUCAGCAGAGAGGACCAUCAACCUCUUCCACUGUCUGAAUGAACUGAAUGAUGACUUUGUGGAGGAACUCCAGAAGAGUCUGAGCUCUGGAAAUCUUACAGCACAGGAUCUGUCCUCUGCUCAGUGGUCGGGUCUGAUGUUUGUGCUCAUGAUGUCAGAAGAGACUCAAGAGAAGUUUGAACUGCAAAAAUACAGAAGAUCUGAUGAAGCACUGAUGAGGCUGAUACCAGUAGUCAAGAACACCAGAAGAGCACUGCUACAGUGGUGUAAUCUCACUGUUCAGUGCUGUGAGAGUUUGUCUUCAGCUCUACAAUCCUCAAACUGUGUCCUGAGAGAGCUGGACCUGAGUAACAAUGACCUGCAGGAUUCAGGAGUGAAGCUUCUCUCUGAUGGACUGAAAACUGUAAACUGUAAACUGGAGACACUGAGAUUUGUCAUGUGUAAACUCACUGCAGAUUCUUGUGAGAGUUUGUCUUCAGCUCUACAAUCCUCAAACUGUGUCCUGAGAGAGCUGGAAUUGAAUAACAAUGACCUGCAGGAUCCAGGAGUGAAGCUUCUCUCCGAUGGACUGAAGCAACCAAACUGUAAACUGGAGAUACUGAGAUUUGUCAUGUGUAAACUCACUGCAGAUUCUUGUGAGAGUUUGUCUUCAGCUCUACAAUCCUCAAACUGUGUCCUGAGAGAGCUGGACCUGAGUAACAAUGACCUGCAGGAUUCAGGAGUAAAGCUUCUCUCUGAUGGACUGACGAGUCCAAACUGUAAACUAGAGACACUGAGAUUUGUCACAUGUAAACUCACAGCUGCUUCCUGUGAGAGUUUGUCUUCAGCUCUACAAUCCUCAAACUGUGUCCUGAAAGAGCUGGACCUGAGUAUCAAUGACCUGCAGGAUUCAGGAAUGAAGCUUCUUUCUGAUGAACUGAAGAGUCCAAACUGUAAUCUGGAGAUACUGAGGUAA